AUGGCUGCUCGUAGUCACCUGCCAAAAAUUGCCUCUGGAUGUAAUAGGCGUGUCCAUAAAAACAAAACCACUGUAUUCUUGCCGAGCGCUGCAGUGCUUCUGAACCGCGCCGCCACAAAAAUAACCGACGGCAACCCCACCCGCAAACAUCCGUCACCAUCACAACCCCAUCAGUCACCAUCCCGCACCCAGAGAGGCAUCAUCACACUCACCCUCCGACAAUCAUCACCAUCACUGUACAGAAAAAUAAAUAAAAAACAGAUCAGAUCAGUCAGAACAACAGAAGUCACCACCACAGACCAGUCACCACAGGACAGUCACCACAGAAAUCACCACCACAGACCACAGACCAGUCAUCACCCACCAGACCAGACCACAGUCACCACCAGUCACCACCACAGACCUGUCACCACAGAAAUCACCACCACAGACCAGUCACCACAGAAUCACCCACCAGGACCAUCACCACCAGACCAGUCACCACAGAAAUCACCACCACUCACCCACCAGACAGACCACAUCACCGACCAGACACAGUCACCCCAGACCAUCAUCACCACCACCACCACAGACCAGUCACCACAGAAAUCACCACCACAGACCAGUCACCGCCACAGACCGUCACCACAGAAAAUCACCACCACAGACCAGUCACCACAGAACACCACCACAGACCAGUCACACCACCACCGACCAGUACCGUCACCACAAGAAUCAUCACACCAGACCAGUCACACAGAAAUCACCCACAGACCAGUCACCACAGAAAUCAUCACCACAGAAAUCAUCAUCACAGACCACACCACAGAAAUCACCCACCACAGACCCGUCACCACAAAUCAUCAUCACAGACCAGUCACCACAGAAAUCACCACCACAGACCACACCACAGAAAUCACCGACCAUCACCACACAGAACAGACCACGUCACCACAGAAAUCACCACCAGACAGAUCACCGCACAUCAUCACAGACCAGUCACCCACAGAAAUCACCACCCACAGACCAGUCACCACAGAAAUCACCACCACAGACCAGUCACCACAGAAAUCACCACCACAGACCAGUCACCACAGAAAUCACCACCACGACCAACCACCAUCACCCCCGAUCACACACAGACCACACCACAGAAUCACCACCACAGACCACCACAGAAAUCACCACCACAGCCAGUCACCACCAGAAAUCACCCGACCCACCACAGAAAUCACCACCACCGACCAUCACCACAGACCCGUCACCACAGAAAUCACCACCACAGACCAGUCACCACAGAAAUCACCACCACAGACCAGUCACCACAGAAAUCAUCCCACCACAGACCAGUCACCACAGAAAUCACCACCACAGACCAGUCACCACAGAAAUCACCACCACCGACCAGUCACCGCCAUCACACAGUCAUCACACAGACCAGUCACCACAGAAAUCACCACACAGACCAGACCAACUCAUAAGACUCAUAACGGGUUCAUAAAGGCGAAUAUUCCCUCGAGAAACGAAGCAUAUUUGCCCUUACGAAUGUUUAUGCUACAAGUGUAUGGAAAUGACUGCGGCAACUACGUUCUAAUCGAGGCUGAUGAUAUGACAUAA